AUGGCUCCAUCACGAAAGGCAUCUGUUCAAAAAGAGGGUCGAGUGACACGCACUCCACCAGAGACUCCUCGCAACGCAAUGCAACCGAGGAACAGGUCGGCAAGCCCACCAAAUCAGCCUACGCCAAUUCGGAUUCGUGAUGAGCCACCGGCGCGAUCAACCCGAUCCUGGGUAUCGGCUCCUCCAGUCUCAAACAUCACUCCAACCGCCAGCCAGAGGAUUCCCAUCGGCUGCCCCAUCAUUGGCUGCCGGGCGUCAACGGUGCAUCAGCACCUUCCACAAAUGCAGUACUAUCAUCCGCAUCCGGGCAGGGCGGUUCACUAUCAUGGCUAUGGGAACUCCAGCCGCGAUGCGUCUUCUCGGCCAAGCCUGGUCGUCAGCCCUGGAAUAGCGAGGCAGGCCCAAAGCACAACCCGGCCUGGACCCGAGGUUGCUAAGGAUGAGGUGGUAGCAGAGCAAAACGGCGAGGAGCAGGGCGCUGGUAUGUCUGAUGUUGAGUUUGCCGAAGAGCAAGCGGCCUCGAGAGAGGUGGAUGAUCUCCAAGACGCAACAACAUUGGACGGUCCUGCCGUUGAGCCUUCGCUCCAAGACCACCAAAGGGCGAUGCAACAAGAAGAGAAUACUUUUCUCGACGGAGACGAACGAGAGAUCUCCCCCAGCGCUAAUGCCUUGCCAAUAUCGCUUUCACCAUCUGUAGGAUUGGACCUGGACGUUGAUCGAGAAUCUGUCCGGGAUGUCGAUGGGGUGCAGCACUUGCUUCCAGAGCAAACCCGAGAUCUGACCCACGAUGAGAGCACGACGAGUCUUCUCCAAGCUCCGAUGACUCCGCCGCCGAGCUCCCCAGUGGCGGCCGACGAAGCCCCUUUCACUCAGGAUUCCAACGGAUCACCAGAACAGCAGGAACAGCGACAAUCAGCGGCGUCGUCAGCACCACGAAUGGGAUUCGGCAACUCCCUGCCUGGUCAAGAGCCCGAGGAAAGCGUCCCUGACCAUCCUACCCCCCACAUCCACACCUACGACGAGCUGGUCCGACCUUUCAUCGACCCGACCCUCCCGCCAGCUCCAGGCAUGGCCGAAAUCACCCGCAUACUCCAGGAAUACCAAAGCCUAACGGACCCCUCCUACCGCCCGGGUGCAGACGAGGAAGACCCAGAUCUACCAUCCCGGAUGAUGCGCUCGCCGGUCACGGAGUACAUACGGCAAUUCGAAGACGGGGCUGAAGAGGAAAUCGACUGGGAGACGCACAUGUGGCAGUGA